AGCACUUGCAAAAAGCAGCGCGCCUCCCACCUCCCGUUCCGUUCCCCCACUCUUCACUGAAACAAAAUUCAGACACAAACAUAGAGACACUCACACAGAUAUAUAUAUAUACACACACACACACAUUUCACACACACACAAAUAGAGUACUUUUUAACGGAAUAUAAAAUUCAAAAGAUCUCUUAUUGUACAAGAGCAUCUGAGCCGUUACCGUACCCACCACUGAUUGCACAGUGAAAAAACCCUUUCCCCUUUCACACACACACACACACACACACAAAUCCAUUCAUCACUCUCUCUCUCUCUCUGUGAAAAUUCACCCACAUUAUAGUGCCUCAGCUCUAAUCUGCUCUCAAUGCAGAUAGUGUUUCACACUCUUACCAUGUGGAACCCCGCCUACUGCACUUAGACUUAGGGUUUUUGCUUGAUUCUAAGGUGUUUCUGUUAAAUCCCGAUUUUGAUGGGGAACUGCUGCAGAUCUCCGGCUGCUGUUGCUAGAGAAGAUGUCAAGUCCUCUAAUUUCUCUGGUCACGAUCACGGCCGUAAAGACAAAUCCUCCGCCAAUGUUAAGAAAGCAAUCACCGUUUUAACGGAUGUUAAGAAGGAGAACAUUGAGGAGAAAUAUUUAGUUGAUAGAGAGCUAGGUCGUGGUGAAUUUGGUGUCACUUACUUGUGCAUUGAUCGACAAACCAGGGAGCUGCUAGCUUGCAAGUCGAUAUCCAAGCGGAAGCUGCGGACCGCGGUGGAUGUGGAGGAUGUGAGGAGAGAGGUGGCCAUAAUGAAGCACUUGCCCAAGGAUUCCAGCAUUGUGAGCUUGAAGGAGGCGUGUGAGGACGAGAAUGCCGUGCAUUUGGUGAUGGAAUUGUGUGAGGGUGGCGAGCUGUUUGAUAGGAUCGUGGCACGGGGGCAUUACACUGAGAGGGCGGCGGCUGCAGUGAUGAGGACAAUCGUGGAGGUCGUGCAGCUUUGCCACAAGCAUGGGGUGAUCCAUAGGGAUUUGAAACCGGAGAACUUUUUGUUUGCAAAUAAGAAGGAGAAUUCGCCUCUUAAAGCAAUUGAUUUCGGCUUGUCAAUCUUCUUCAAGCCAGGUGAGAGAUUUUCUGAAAUUGUGGGAAGCCCUUAUUAUAUGGCUCCAGAGGUGCUCAAGCGAAACUAUGGGCCAGAAAUAGAUAUAUGGAGUGCUGGUGUGAUUCUCUAUAUCUUGUUGUGCGGAGUUCCUCCAUUUUGGGCAGAAUCUGAACAAGGUGUUGCCCAGGCCAUCAUACGUGGCAAAAUAGACUUUGAGCGCGAACCAUGGCCAAGUAUAUCAGAGAGUGCCAAGAGCCUUGUAAGACAGAUGCUAGAGCCAGAUCCUAAGCUUCGACUAACUGCAAAGCAAGUUCUUGAACAUCCUUGGCUUCAAAAUGCAAAGAAGGCUCCAAAUGUCCCUCUCGGGGAUGUUGUCAAGUCAAGAUUGAAGCAAUUCUCCUUGAUGAACCGGUUCAAGAGGAAGGCUCUCAGGGUCAUUGCUGAUUUCUUGUCUACUGAAGAAGUCGAAGGUAUCAGGGAGAUGUUUACUAAGAUAGACAUUGAUAAUGAUGGUGUCGUUUCAACUCAAGAACUAAAGGCUGGACUGCUAAAGUUCAACACACAACUGGCUGACUCUGAAGUACAGAUGCUCAUUGAAGCCGUGGAUACAAAUGGUAAAGGGACCUUGGACUAUGGCGAAUUCCUUGCCAUUUUACUUCAUCUGCAGAAGAUGGCAAAUGAUGAACAUCUCCACAAGGCUUUCUCCUACUUUGACAAAGACGGGAAUGGUUACAUUGAGCCUGAUGAGCUUCGAGACACUUUGAUGGAAGAUGGAGUGGAUGAUUGUACAGAUGUGGCAAACGAUAUCUUCCAGGAAGUUGACACAGACAAGGAUGGACGUAUCAGCUAUGAUGAAUUUGUGGCCAUGAUGAAAACUGGGACAGACUGGAGAAAGGCUUCUCGACAUUACUCAAGAGGGAGAUUCAAUAGUUUGAGCAUAAAGUUGAUGAAAGAUGGUUCUGUUAACUUGGGUGAGUAAAUAUGCAUGAGUUGUCUGUUUCUUUCCUCUGUAUGAGCUAUCAUGUCUCUGUCCAUGUGUAUUGAGCUUACCUUCAUUGUCAUUAUUUGCGGCCUUCCUUGCAUUAAACGGGGUUCGACUUGAUUGUUGGCUUAUAAGAAUUAUGGGUGAGGCAAGUAUAUCUAAUUAGCUAGCCUUGAAUCCUUCACCAAUUGCUUCUUGUUGACAAUGAAAUGUGAUAUUCGACUCUGCAGUAAGUAAUUGUUCAAAGAACCAAACUAGCGCAGCGCA